GCUACAACAACAACAAGACAGCGCAGGAGAAGUCUAUUGAUGAUUGGCUCCCGAUCACAUCAUCAAGGAAUGCCAAGUGGUGGUACUCAGCCUUCCACAAUGUGACGGCCAUGGUUGGAGCUGGUGUUCUUAGCUUACCGUAUGCCAUGUCUGAACUCGGAUGGGCUCCGGGAAUUGUAGUGCUCGUGGUGUCAUGGAUCAUCACACUGUACACUCUGUGGCAGAUGGUGGAGAUGCAUGAAAUGGUGCCCGGGAAACGCUUCGACCGCUACCACGAGCUCGGCCAGCAUGCCUUCGGCGACAAGCUCGGCCUGUGGAUCGUGGUGCCGCAGCAGCUGGUAGUGGAUGUCGGCGUCGACAUCGUCUACAUGGUCACCGGCGGCAAAUCCCUCAAGAAGUUCCACGAACUCGUCUGCCCCGACUGCACACCCAUCAAGCAGACCUACUUCAUCAUCAUCUUCGCCUCCGUCCACUUGGUCCUGUCCCAGCUCCCCAACUUCAACUCCAUCUCCGGUGUCUCCUUGGCCGCAGCCGUCAUGUCCCUCAGCUACUCCACCAUCGCCUGGGGAGCUUCGGCGGACAAGGGGAAGCAGGCGGACGUGGAGUACGGCUACAGGGCUUCGAGCACGGCGGGGACCGUCUUCAACUUCUUGAGCGCGCUGGGGAACGUCGCCUUCGCCUACGCGGGGCACAACGUGGUGUUGGAGAUCCAAGCCACCAUCCCUUCCACGCCGGAGAAGCCGUCGAAGAAGCCGAUGUGGAAGGGCGUCAUCGUCGCCUACAUCGUGGUGGCUCUCUGCUACUUCCCGGUGGCUUUGGUUGGGUACUGGGCGUUCGGCAACGCUGUGAAGGACAACAUCCUUAUCACCUUGAAUAAGCCCCGAUGGUUGAUCGCCAUGGCCAACAUGUUCGUCGUCGUUCACGUCAUUGGAAGCUAUCAGAUCUAUGCCAUGCCGGUCUUUGAUAUGAUGGAGACAGUGCUCGUCAAGAAACUUCAUUUCCCACCCGGCCUAACCCUUCGUUUGAUUGCACGAACAGUUUACGUUGCAUUCACAAUGUUCAUUGCCAUAACCUUCCCCUUCUUUGGAGGACUACUCGGAUUCUUCGGAGGCUUCGCAUUCGCCCCCACCACGUACUUUGUUCCUUGCACAAUCUGGCUUGCCAUCUACAAGCCAAGAAGGUUUAGCUUCUCUUGGAUCACAAACUGGAUCUGCAUCAUCCUGGGGAUUAUGUUGAUGAUUUUGUCUCCUAUUGGUGGACUGAGGCAGAUCAUUCUCGAGGCCCAGGACUACAGUUUCUAUUCAUAGACUGCUAUAUACGAAGUUAGAAUAUAAAUGGAACAUCAGAAACAGUAUACUUCCUAUAUCAUAGAAAUAAAUAAUGGAGCUUCUCAGAAGUCUAUCAACUCUUUGUUUGCUUUAAUAUUA